AGUCAGUCAGGGAAAAAGGAAGAUGUGGUUGACAACUCUUGCGGACUAAAUGCGGAUAAAAGUUAUAUAAUAUAUCGAUUUAAGUCCUAUUUUUGUAUCAUACUGUUUUCUUAACAGUCCAAAGCCGUAGGAAUGGAUGUCGCUCUGGCUCUCUUUGUUGUUUUUAUAAGUUACGUCGCCCUAGUAAUCUUACGCUGGGCCGUAAAAAGGCACAGACGCCACAACCUGUUCAAGCGCUAUGGCAUUCCGGGACCGAAGCCAUCAUUUGCGACUGGUAACAUGAACCAACUGAAGAGUGGAGCAACUCCCAAUGACGUCGUAACAGCGUGGUUAAAGGAGUAUGGAGACGUAUUUGGCUAUUUCUUGGGCGAUAUGCCAUUCCUCGUUGUUAAAGAUCUAGACAUGCUAAAGCAGAUAUUCAUCAAGGAAUUCGCCAUGUUCAGCAACAGACAAGAUAUGUUUCUGGAUAUCAAGCCCUUAAACAAAACGAUUGUUUAUUUGAAAGACAAGCGGUGGAAGGAUGUGCGUUCGAUUCUCACUCCUGUCUUCAGUUCAGGAAAGAUAAAGUUGAUGACACACAUAGUUGACAAAAAGGUAGACAUUACUGUCGAUAUAGUUGGGAAGCACGCACAAAAGAAUGAAGUAUUCGACAUGUACGAGCUAGUUCAAGGGCUUACUUUAGACGUCAUCGCCGGCUGUGCCCUCGCCAUGGAGACACACUGCCAAGAAAAUCCGCAAGACAUUUUCCUUGCAUCUGUUCGUGAUUUCUUCCGAUAUGCUCAGAAUCGGGCUGUUGAAUAUGCUAUUAUGUUUCCUUUUGUGGCAUCCAUUAUGACCUUUGUCAGCAACUACAUGACGUCAGGACAAAUGACAAAUCUUAUUGUGGAUAGUGUCAAUAGUGCCCUCACCACGAGACGCCAGAACCCUGAUUUCAAGAGUUUGGACAUCCUGCAACUCAUGCUCGAUCACAGUGAAGAAAAAAUUGAAUCGGGAUUGACGGAUGAGGAGAUUGUUGCCAAUGCCUACGUUUUCUUGCUAGCAGGCUACGAAACUACAGCUACUGCGUUAGCCUUUACCUUCUACUUGCUCAUUAAACAUCCUGAAAUUCAAGAAAAAUUGUACAAGGAAAUCGAAAAGAUGGAAGACAGCUCUUAUUCUUCUGUACAAAAUCUUCAAUAUCUGGACCAAGUUUUCAGUGAAUCUCUCCGCUAUUAUCCUCCGGUCACCGGAUUUAUAUCACGAAGAUGUCAUUGUGAUACUAAAGUGGGAUCUAUUACGAUUCCACAAGAAGCUGUGGUCCUAGCUCCAGUCUGGGAUAUCCAUCAUGAUCCAAAAUUGUGGCCAGAUCCAUGGAAGUUUGAUCCUGACCGAUUCUCUUCAAAAAACAAGUUAUCUUUGAAUAGCAUGGCAUACAUACCUUUUGGAAUUGGCAGGAGGAAUUGCAUAGGAGCAAGGUUUGCUCAACUAGAAGCAAAACUGACGAUCUUUAGACUUUUGAAAAGAUUCAAGUUUGAGAAAUGUGAAAGGACUGACGAUCCUUUACCUCUGAUAUGCCCCACCGUUAUCAUCAACCCAGCCAAUGGAAUUUGCUUAAGAGCUGUGCCAAGGUCUGCAACAUAAUCUUGAAAUUCAUAAUCUUGCAUCUUAAACAAUAAAUUUUUAUCUACUCUAAUA